UGUCUGAUCAUAAAAAUCUUUCAUGAAAGUGUUCAUUAACUAAUCACCCACUGUAUUUGACCCACAGUUGGAGUUAAUAAAUUUCAAAUUCAAUUUUGAUCUGUCUGUAGUGAAAGGUUUUCCAUUGCUGGGAUAGGUUGCUCUGUCAGAUGCCACUUAUAUAACAAUGAUUACUAUUAAAUAUCCAAUGUACACAUUUAUGUUGGGUGGUUCUCAUCAAAAAUAAACAUGAUGAACACUACUGGCUGUACGAAUUGUCCAUUCACUGCAUUGUAUAGGAUAACAAUGGUUCUGCAGCAAACAAUACAAUACAAUACAUCAUUUAAAUACAGAUGAUAAUAUCGCAGUCUAUGUUAGCACUAUGGAUACAACAGUCUGGUCUUUGUAAUUAAAGCUGAAAAUAUUAGUCCCCCUGCUUAUUGCAUGGCACAACUCUCUCACAUUUUAAUUCACAUAACGCAUCCUUGGCAAUGCCUUCCAAUGUCAAUGAUAAUAAGUGAUUUUAUUUGCUUCGCCACGGAAGAAAUAAAAUUUUCUUCUUGUAUUUUCUUCUUUUUUUCUGGCACACAGACACUUGUAGAGAAAAAACUACUGGGUCUAGAAAGCUCAGACUUUAAAUUUAAGCCUUUCUCAUUAUCAGUGAGGUGCUGGCAAAACUUCUAGGUCAAUAGGUUGAAGUUUGUGGGGGAUUUCCCCAUACAGCUAUUUCUGUUUUAUGACUUAAUUUUAUGCUUAUUAUUAUAAAAUAUCAUGGAAAUGAAUGAAUUUUAUAUUACUCAGAAUAUCUUAAAUGUUUGUUCGGAUUAAGAUUUUAUUUCCACUUGUAUGAUGAAAGACAACACUAUAUCAAUCAUCAAACUGUUUUCUUUCAGAUACUACUGUGACUACUGCGACACUUAUCUGACACACGAUUCGCCUUCUGUGAGGAAAACCCACUGUAAUGGACGUAAACACAAAGAAAAUGUGAAAUUUUACUAUCAAAAGUGGAUGGAAGAACAGGCCCAAAACUUGAUCGAUGCGACAACUGCUGCCUUUAAGGCUGGAAAGAUACAAUCCGGCCAGUUUGGACAGCCGCCGAAACCUCCGGGUGUCCCGCCCGGUGGCGCCAUGAUACCACCUCCUGCUAGUCUGCAAGUGGGUAACAUUUACAGUUAUUGUCUGAGAUUUUAG